AUGCAUCGAAUAUCUUCAGAGUCAUCUUCAGUUCGGUAUGAGAGUAACUCUCCGAUUCCCUCUCUUUCUCAAAGCUACAAGGCUGAGAUAGAGUCCGCUGAUGUUUACUGGUAUACUUUGAGGCUCAUGGUGCUGGAAUAUGUCAAUGAACCAAGAUUUCAGAAGAUGUAUGUUAGAAAGACAACCCCUCAGGAGAGGCAAGAUGAGAUUGUGAGCACGAAGCAUAAUAGGCGAGUCUCGUGGUUCUCUGGAUCAUCGGUACCCAACAGGGGACUUGAUGAGACGGAUGUUGUCCAGAAGUGUUUACUGAAGCUGGAACAACGAUUGAGCCUUAUAGCGAUGAACAAAGUCAAGGUUGGUGAUGAUAAGUUAAGAAGGAGCUUGUUGAAACUUUACAAUGAUGUGUUUUUAAAUCCAGAUAUGGGUAGGAUUAUGAAAUCGGUGCAGAGAUUUGAAGAAUUGAUUGUUUAUUUCACGAAGGCAUCAAACGGGGAGUUGAAUAAGUUGGUGGUCGACGAUAUUCAGCAGGAAUUGUAUAAACAAGUUUCAUAUUUCAUUGACCUUCUAAUUGAGCUGGCCGCAACCGAUAUUACUCCCGAGAUAAGGGCUAAACUGAAUCAGUAUAAGGAUUCCGUGAAGCCUAGUAAAAAAAUCUUAAAGGAAUAUUCACCAUCGACUUCAAGAGACCAUCUCCCAUCCUCGAAUUUAGUGGACGUUACGGUCAAACCAACCUUCAGGUUAAAUGAGGUGACACAUUCUUCAUAUUUUAUGAAGCUAUUUCAAAAAGAUCCCGUCUCAAUGCAGCAAGAUAUAAUCAAAGUAAUGAACGAAGCUGUUAAUUCUGUCUACUGCCAAGAGUUACGGUUGCGGAAGGAGAAAUUGAAUAAAGAUGAAGUUUUUGACAUUGAGGACUUUGAAUCUGAAAGGGAUUUUAACCUCUGGAAAAAUUUUGAAGUUGGGGAAACUGCUUCGUUGAUUGAUAGGUUCAAUGUUAAGGGAGAUCAUGCUGCCUCUCUCAAUGGCUCAACGGUUAUCAUACCGCCUAACGCUAGGAGUACGUUUGUGAGUUUGGUAUGCAAGAUACUGAGAGACGAUUCUUCCCAAAAUAGCAAUACGUUAAACUUUUCACAGGCGGCUAUGUUCUUUAUCACCAAGGCCUCUAAAUAUUGGAGACUAGACUACCACUCAACGUUUGCCACGUUAGUUUAUUCAGCGGCUAACUUGACCAUAUUGAAAGAAGAAGAUCUAAAUAUCCAGCUGGCUGAAAAUGUCAUGAACUUCAUAAGAGUAAGGAUACUCAAAACAGAGGAUAACAUGGAUACGGCGGUCUGGAACGCUUUAGAUCGGAGAGAAUGGCUCGAAAAUUUGAUUUACACUGCUAACAGGUGUACAAACACGAUUGAUUAUUUGCUCACUGCGCUUUUUUCGAAUACAAAACCAAAGUUCUCAAGUAUACUAGCGUUCUAUUACUCUAACAUUGAAGCUGAUCCAUCAAUGGUGCUCUACAAGCAGCAAUCAAACGCACUUGAUCGCAAGAUGAUCAAAAGAUUUCAUAGGACAAUAUUCAAGGUUAGUGAACAGUUCUACAUAUCACUUCUUGAUACGGUACCCAAGGAUGAUUCAAUUGAGAUUCAGCAUAUUCAAGAUGUCGCUGAGCAGAUAAUAGAACAGGUAAAGAGCAUUCAAAAAAGAUAUAAUCGGCCAUUAUUGGAUAAGGUCAUGCUUGCGCAUGAAUGCGCGACAGUCUUAAUUGAAGCCUUUGGGUCAGACGCUUCGACGAUGAUUAAGCGAGUGGAAAAAUACAAUAUAUCCAAAAGAGGCGAGUCAAUUGCCCCAGCGGAUGCCCUAGAAGCUUAUUCAAUCUUCAAAGAGCUCAGAAAUAUUUACAGCCAGAUACAACCAGACAAGCCUUUUCCUUGUAAGCUUGAAAAGCUUUUUGUGAAGUACGUAACCAUUCUGUGUGAUGAAGUGAGUGGAAAGAUUUUGAAAGUGAUUGAUUCGUCUAUAAAGAAUGAGACGUGGGAAGUUGUCAAUGAAGAAGCGAAUUUUAGUAGCUCGGUUUUCGAAAUUUUCAAGAUGAUAAAUGAAUCUAUUGGCUUAUUCAAGAGAUUAGAAUGGGAAAACGAUUAUCAAAUCGCAAAGGUAAUCACAUUCCUUUUGAAAUCUUUCUCAGAUGGUUUACACUUCUAUUCUAACACUCUUAUCCGCAUGAUAGAAGACGACCUGAUUCAAGAUGAUUUUGAUAUUCAAGAAGACGAGAACAAAGAUCCUCAUGAGCCCAGGUCAUCUCUAAUAAAAUCACAGCAUACUUGGUCAUUCCAUGGGAUGAAAAAUGCCCUGAGUUCCACCCCAACUGUGGCUGUACCCAGGCCAUACCAGUUUAAAAACCGUACCUGUGUGCUUCUGAGUAAUCUCGAGUCAAUGAUUGCGAAGAUCAACGAUCUCGAUGAGCAGCUUAAUGCAGAAAGACUAUCAGAAUUGGUUCAGAACUAUGAAACAGAUAGGAACAAAAAACGUGUCUCCAAGGGCGAAGAACAACAACUGCAUCAAUUAUAUACAAUUCGCGUUAUAAAAGCGGAUAACAUCAAAGGGUUUUCAAACGAAGGGCUAUCUAAUGGUUUGGUAUCUUUGGUUGACACUUCCAAACAACGAGAGAUUGGGAAAACCAGAGUUGUUCGUAAAUCGACGAAUCCAAACUGGGACGAGGAAUUUGAAAUUGAGAUUCCCGUAAACCAUGUUCGCUCCAUUUCUAUGAUGGUAUGGCAUCGCCCUUCCGGAAAAUUUCAAUCACUAGGUAACUACGAUCUAUGUGGCAAAUGUUCUCUUCUACUGGAUCCCAAAAGAUUCACAGAUGAUGGUUUCCCAAAUGAGUUGACUUUGGAGCUCGAUACUCAAGGCAAGCUAUAUCUAAAUGUUUCCUUGGAGAGUGAAAAGAUUGAUGCCUUAUUCUCGAUUGGUAGAGCCUACAGAACGUUAACAAGAGCUAGAGACAGAGCAAUUGAGUUAAUUAUCAGUAAGUUUUCUGCAUUUGUUGGAUAUGCCUUCUCUAGAGAAACAUUGAAGAAAGUCUGUGGAGCUAAUGGAACUAUACCUGCAUCGAACGACGCUGUAUAUGAUGCGAUACUUCCACUUUUCGAUUACCUGAACUCUAAUCUAAACGUAUUGGCGUCUACACUGUCUCAAGAUUUACUAUUCAAAGUCAUGCUAAGGGCAUGGUCCUGUAUUCUCAAAGCUGCAGACUCUUUGCUUCUUCCUCCUCUGUCAAUGGCUAGAAGUAAGAGACUGUCAGGGUCAAAGACCUUCUGGGGAAAUGCUAUGUCAAACGCGCUGGGGAACACUUAUACAGUGCCUGGUUAUGGUAGAGCCUUAACACAGAGAGAAAUGGAGACGACUUUUGCCUGGCUUAAUGCCCUCUGCGUGGAUUUUUUCCACAACAAUGGAGAAGGUCCGCCUUUGAGUGCUUUGAAGAACAAUCAUUAUCAAACGCUUUUGUUGAUUCCCGCUUAUUACGAUAAGAGUGCGGUUGAGCUUAAGGAAGAAGCUGAAAGAUUAUCCCCAAAUUACCUCAAAUUUUUAAGGCAAAUGACCUUCGGAACCGAUACUCAUAGAAGACUGAGUAAACGGCUAGUGACGUUGGCGAGAAAAGGCACAGUCAUGGCUAACGCAUCCAAGAAGAGCAGAACCAGAGUUCAAAAGGAGAUCGAGAGGGAAGAAAAUGACCCCUUGGAAAGAUCGACGGAGACUCUUGACAUCAUCUAUAGGAUCUUGAUGGUCAAAGGUGAGCUUGAUUAUGUGCAUCAGCAGCUAAGUGCCAGAACCAAGGUUAGAAAAAGCAUUGCCACUGAGAAGCUCGUUAAGGCGGCAGUCAAGGGGCAGAAACUUAAGUACAAAAAUAACAUUUAUAGAUUGUGUCGAUCAUAA